AGCCAACUGGUUCUCCUGCAAGCUGCUGUAGUGCAUGCAUGCAGAGAAAGGUCUGCGCUCCUGCAGCAUGCACAUGGACAGCCUGGACCUCAUCAUGCACCAAUUAUCCAGUCUCUUUGGCCAGCAGCUGUCCUUGGAGGCGAGUGCUCUUUGUUUUCUGGAGUGUGCAGACUGCCUUGAUUCUAGAGGCUUAGGAAGCCUGAACCAGAGUUUCUUGAGCACCAAGGAGGGUGGUUGGAGCAGCCUCCAGGAGAAGCCAUACAUGUGUGUUGGAGCUGCGGCAGAACCAGGCUCUGUUUCUGGUGCUCUGCCUCUUGCUGAGUGCCCCAAGACCACUGGGCAGGCUGCUGCAGUGGGGACGGGCUGCAUGCUGGCCAUGCUCUGGGAGACCUGUACGGACCUGGGCUUCUGGCUGUGCCUGAAGGAGUGGGAGGUGGUGCAGACGUCCAGCCAGCUGCUCAGCCCCAGGCCGGGCAGCCUUGUGGUUCAGCUGCUGGAAGGUGCGCACCGGGUGAGGCAGGACUGCUGGAGCUGCAGCUGCUGCUUCCACCGCCGCUACCGGCUCCCUUGCAGGCAUGUCCUGGCCGUGCUGCAGGCGCAUCGGAGGCGUGUGGAGGAGGGCAUGGUGUGCAGGUGCUGGCAGAGGAGGUACCAGCAGCUCCCGGUCCCUGGGACGAGGUCGUCGGGCUCUGGCGGGUGCUCUGCGGGGGGCCGGCUAGAGGGCGGUGGGGAGCGAGCCUGGUCCCUCGGCCUAGAGCUGGCCAGCCUGCUGCUGCCGUGCGAGGGGGGGGAGCUGGAGGAGCGGAGCUCCGCGCUGGCAGCAAUCCUGGCUGCCUGGGCCCGGUUACUGGGAGCGAGGAGCGGCUGGCCCCGCACCGCUCCGGCUAACGGGGGCACCGAGGAAACGUGACGUGUGAUGGCGGAGGGGAGCUCCCGGCGGUCCCCGGCCCUCUGCCCGCAGCGGGCGGUGUAUGGCGCAGGGUCCCAGCCCCCCGACGGGCCGGUACCGGCGGGUGGUGCCGUGGCCUCCAGGGGGCACCCCACGGUGACUGGUGCCGCUCCCGGAAGGGAGUGGAGCAUGUCGGGAUGCACUCCCCGGGGCGGGAGCGGGGCAUGCCGGGAUAUAUCCCCCGGUAGCGGCGCCCGGCCGGGGCCUGGCGAUGGCGCGUGCCUCGCUGGUCCCGGUCCGCGGCUCCCUGGUGCCCUACGAGCUGGGCGCGCGCGGCGGCAUGGCCUCCUGCAGCUUCCGGAGCGCCGCCCGCUUCCCCGGUGCAGCGGGCGGGCCGGCGGAGCGGACGCUUCACGUCUUGCCCAGGGCAGAGUUGCAGCUCUCCGUCUCCCACCUCUGCAAGAGCCUGCAGCAGCAGAUCCAACCGCUGGCCUUGGAGGGCCCUGCCGAGCGCCUGGUCCUGGCCGCCCUGAGUGACACCAUGUGCGCGGCCACCGAGCGCAGCCGCAGGAAGAUGCAUGGCCCCCUCAGGGACCUCAUGACGCCAGACUUGCUGCCUCAGCUCCAUCCUCGCUGGCUGCUCGACGAGGAGAUCCAGGCUGUGCACAGGGAGAGGAGCUGGGGAGCGAGCAGUAACUACUUUUGGGACCUGGAUAUCGUUACCCAGGGGUUAAGCCAAGCUUUCGGCACUGGGCUUUCUCUGGAGAGCUGCAUCACCUCCUUAGCCCAGCACUACCACAAGUGUGUUUCUAAAAGCCCUCCUGAUGCUGUGAUGUGCUCUGCUCCGCAUCCUGAUUACUGUGCUGCUUGGGCAGCUCCCCAAAGCCUGCCUGCCUCAGGUCCACCUCCUGCCCCUCUGGUGUGCCAGGGUAAGCCAUCUCAGAGCUCCAUCCAGGCCUCCCCCACCACAGCAGCAGUUCAGUGGCAGCCUCUCUCACAGCUGCUAACUGUCCCAUAACUGCUCCAGACUCCCCUGGCAGCUCCUCAGCUCCCUGCGGCUCUUCAGCGUCAGCCUGAAAUUACCCAGACUCUCCUCCAGAGUGAGCCCGUGAGCUCUCAGUCCUCAUUAGACCCUUCAUUUCUUGCGGCUAAACCGGAGGCCACAGAAAACUCAGAGGCUGACAGUGAGGAGGAGAUUAACCGAAGGACUGAAGAAUGCCUCAAGCAGUCUUUGAGUGAUAUUUGCAUGGAGCCCGCCGCCAGGCUGUGCCUGAGCGAGUUUGCAGUGGUUCAGAAGUCCGUGCAGCUGAUAGGUGCUGGGGAAGAUGCUCUCAGCAUACGGGUCCUGGAGGAUGCCCACAGGGUGGACAUAAAGGGCCUGAGCAGUUGCACUUGCCACUUCAGCCAGGUCUUCUAGCUGACCUGUUGGCACAUCCUAGCUGUCCUGAAUUUGGACAGGAAGACUUUGCAGCCAGAGAUGCUCAGUAGACAGUGGUGGAAGGGAUGUGAUGCCUAUCAGGUUGGGCAAGACAGUGCUGAUGGCCUCUUGGAGGUCCUGAAGAGCUCCUGGAAUGAGUCUGGAUAAAUCCCUGGUAGUGUUGUUCCUCACAGCGGAGAUCAGGUGACUUCUCACCCACUGCAGUGGGGAGGAGUUUGAGCACAGGUACAGGACCCUCUGGGAGCUGGCUGACAGCUGGAUUGGGCCCUAGGUCGAGGUGAAGCUCUAGCACCGAGCAGGAGCUGAGCUGGCUGCUCUGUGUGCAGGUCCUCGGGAGCAGCAGGGCAGCAGAUGUGCAGGAGGCCUGUUCAUUUCUCCACUGGUGUCCCGGUUUCCCCCUCUACUCCCCUCAGCCUGUCACACCCUCAGGGCUUGGCAUGGAAGGGGUAGUUUGGGCCCUUUAUCUGCCAAGCAAUUGUUGCCUUUUGCACGAGGCAGCUGAGGAACCGGAUUGGGAACUCAAGAUAGCACUGGAAUGGGUAACCAGACACUGACCUGGCUAACAGGAGAUGUGGCUGGGAGCCAGCCACGGGUGGUGCGGCGUGGGAGGUGAUGGUAUAAUAACAUGUGACAAAAUUAUUUGAUCUGUGGCCAGCGCCUGCAGGUCCUUCCAGCAUCCAGCUGUGAUGUGUUGUGCAACAAAGCCAAUAAAUUGGUGCUGUAUCACUCCA